GGAGGAGGAGGAGGAGGAGAGGCGGUUCCUGACCCCAAUAAAGAUGAAGCAACAUCAGAGAAGAAACAGUCUGCUGAUAAAGCCAAACAAGAAACAAGUUCAGAAGCUAAACAAGAUUUUGGUGAGCGUCUAGUUAGAAUGUUCAAGAAUCCUCCAGCUUUGACGGUCCAGCUAGGGGACAGCGAGUCUGAAGAAGAUGAGAAACAAUUACAUGAGAGUUCGAGUGUUGAUUCUGAGUCGUUAUCCAGCAGUGACAUUCGCAAUGAGAACCCUGACAAGGAAAAGGGCGGAUUUUUCAACAAGAUGUUCAAAAACAAAACUGCCGAAGAGGAGCAGGCGCCUCUACGCGGUGACCUGUCGGACAGCAGCAACAGUUUGUCCGAGAAGAGCGCCUCUGAGGAUAAAGGACGAUUUUUCAGCGCCAUCCUCGGGAGGAAGUCACCCAAGCUUCCGAAAGAGCCUGAGCAGGAUUCAGAGGAGGCGCUUUCUACUAACUUGGACAGCCUGUCGGAGAACAAGGACAAGACUCUGCAGGAGAAGAAGUUGUCCGCCAGCAGUGAGAGUUUGUCUGAAGGCAAAGCGGAGAAAGAUCGAGGUCUGUUCGGCGGCUUCUUUAAAAAGACCCCAAAAAGAGAGAAAGGAGAGCGGGCAGACUCACCGGACGAGGAGAAGGGCGAGGAGACGCUGGCGGCGGGUGCUGAUGAUCUAGUCGAGAGGAACGCCACCAAGGACAAAAACUAUUUCAACAGCAAACUUUUCAAGAAGCCCCAGAAGCCAGCAGAAGGCGCUGCAGCAGACAAGGAAGCAAACCUGAACACUGACACUCCAAAAUCUGGAAGCUCUGAAAACUUGUCGGAAACUGUUCCCAAGGAGAAAGAUCGAAGUCUGUUUGGGGUCUUCCUCAAAAAGACCCCCAAAGGAGAGAAAGGAGAGCGGGCAGACUCACUGGACGAGGAGAAGGGCGAGGAGACGCUGGCGGCGGGUGCUGAUGAUCUAGUCGAGAGGAACGCCACCAAGGACAAAAACUAUUUCAACAGCAAACUUUUCAAGAAGCCCCAGAAGCCAGCAGAAGGCGCUGCAGCAGACAAGGAAGCAAACCUGAACACUGACACUCCAAAAUCUGGAAGCUCUGAAAACUUGUCAGAAACUGUUCCCAAGGAGAACGAUCGAGGUCUGUUCGGCGGCUUCUUUAAAAAGACCCCGAAAAGAGAGAAAGGAGAGCGGGCAGACUCACCGGACGAGGAGAAGGACGAGGAGACGCUGGCGGCGGGUGCUGAUGAUCUAGUCGAGAGGAACGCCACCAAGGACAAAAACUAUUUCAACAGCAAACUUUUCAAGAAGCCCCAGAAGCCAGCAGAAGGCGCUGCAGCAGACAAGGAAGCAAACCUGAACACUGACACUCCAAAAUCUGGAAGCUCUGAAAACUUGUCAGAAACUGUUCCCAAGGAGAAAGAUCAAAGUCUGUUUGGGGUCUUCCUCAAAAAGACCCCCAAAGGAGAGAAAGGAGAGCGGGCAGACUCACUGGACGAGGAGAAGGGCGAGGAGACGCUGGCGGCGGGUGCUGAUGAUCUAGUCGAGAGGAAUGCCACCAAGGACAAAAACUAUUUCAACAGCAAACUUUUCAAGAAGCCCCAGAAGCCAGCAGAAGGCGCUGCAGCAGACAAGGAAGCAAACCUGAACACUGAAACUCCAAAAUCUGGAAGCUCUGAAAACUUGUCAGAAACUGUUCCCAAGGAGAAAGAUCAAAGUCUGUUUGGGGUCUUCCUCAAAAAGACCCCCAAAGGAGAGAAAGGAGAGCGGGCAGACUCACUGGACGAGGAGAAGGGCGAGGAGACGCUGGCGGCGGGUGCUGAUGAUCUAGUCGAGAGGAACGCCACCAAGGACAAAAACUAUUUCAACAGCAAACUUUUCAAGAAGCCCCAGAAGCCAGCAGAAGGCGCUGCAGCAGACAAGGAAGCAAACCUGAACACUGACACUCCAAAAUCUGGAAGCUCUGAAAACUUGUCAGAAACUGUUCCCAAGGAGAACGAUCGAGGUCUGUUCGGCGGCUUCUUUAAAAAGACCCCGAAAAGAGAGAAAGGAGAGCGGGCAGACUCACCGGACGAGGAGAAGGGCGAGGAGACGCUGGCGGCGGGUGCUGAUGAUCUAGUCGAGAGGAACGCCACCAAGGACAAAAACUAUUUCAACAGCAAACUUUUCAAGAAGCCCCAGAAGCCAGCAGAAGGCGCUGCAGCAGACAAGGAAGCAAACCUGAACACUGACACUCCAAAAUCUGGAAGCUCUGAAAACUUGUCAGAAACUGUUCCCAAGGAGAAAGAUCGAAGUCUGUUUGGGGUCUUCCUCAAAAAGACCCCCAAAGGAGAGAAAGGAGAGCGGGCAGACUCACUGGACGAGGAGAAGGGCGAGGAGACGCUGGCGGCGGGUGCUGAUGAUCUAGUCGAGAGGAAUGCCACCAAGGACAAAAACUAUUUUAACAGCAAACUUUUCAAGAAGCCCCAGAAGCCAGCAGAAGGCGCUGCAGCAGACAAGGAAGCAAACCUGAACACUGAAACUCCAAAAUCUGGAAGCUCUGAAAACUUGUCAGAAACUGUUCCCGAGGAAAAAGAUCGAAGUCUGUUUGGGGUCUUCCUCAAAAAGACCCCCAAAGGAGAGAAAGGAGAGCGGGCAGACUCACUGGACGAGGAGAAGGGCGAGGAGACGCUGGCGGCGGGUGCUGAUGAUCUAGUCGAGAGGAAUGCCACCAAGGACAAAAACUAUUUCAACAGCAAACUUUUCAAGAAGCCCCAGAAGCCAGCAGAAGGCGCUGCAGCAGACAAGGAAGCAAACCUGAACACUGACACUCCAAAAUCUGGAAGCUCUGAAAACUUGUCAGAAACUGUUCCCAAGGGGAAAAAAGGAGGCCUCGCUGGCAUCUUCAAAAGAUCAUGGAGCAUUGAAAACCUGUUGGAUGAGACGAAAGGUGGACUUAAGAAAACUCCAAAAACAUCUGGAGAUGACGAGACUGCAAGAGAGAAGGAGAAGUCGUCCAGUAAUGACAAUCUGUUUGAAACGGCCAACAAGGAAAAAAGCAUUUUCAGUACCAUGUUCAAGAAAGCUCCAAAAGUAGCCGACGAGGGCGCUGCUGAGGAGGAGGAAAACGCAGACAAGGAGAAGACGUUAUCAAUCAGCAAUGAAAACCUGACCGACCAAAACACACCAAAGGAAAAGAGCGGGGGGCUUGCUGGGUUUUUUAAAAAGUCGCCUAAACCAUCACCGCGCUCUGUGUCUACCAAGGAUCCUCUCAGUGACGCCAUGGAUGUAUCUGACAACCUCACAGGCGACAUGUCAGGAGACGAACUAUUAGGCAGCAAUGAAAAUCUUUUAGAAGUUGGAACCACCACAAAGAAAAAAGGAGGCUUUGCUGGGAAGUUCAAGUGGACACCUAAAGCCGCUGACAAACAGGACAACGAAGGGGCAGAGCCACCACUAGGGGGCGGGCUGAAACGCAGGAGGACCAUCAAAAAGAAAAGAAGAGUCACAUCGUUCCGAGUCAAAACGACUCUUCCCAGGAUACCCAAACUUACCGCAUCAUCACAGGCCGAAGAAAAGAUGCCCAUCAUUGAGGAGAGUAUGGAGCUGCAGGAGAUGACCCCGGCCCAGGAGAGCACAGUGGAGGUCCAGCCGGUGGAGAUGGCAGCCUUCCCGACUGAUGGCAGCCUGCUCGAAUCAGGGGAGAGCAACGGCCUGUUGGAUUGGUGGAAGAACGUUGAAGGCUGGUCCACAUGGAACGAGACAGCCAAUUUCCAAGAGGACGAGGAGCAGAUAGCGAUGGAGGAGGCAGCUGACCGCGUCUACAUGGGCGCGCGUCUGUUUGUGCACCUCUUCAACAAGCGGGGGGCUUCCCUGCAGAAGUCCAUUCUUGAGCUUUUGUCCGUGGCCGACGGCGCUGACCAAUUCCACAAGAAGACCGUGUCAGUUGCGGUGGGAGGAGGCGUGGCCAGCGUGGCCGGCAGCCUGGCCACCAUCACGGGCCUCAUCCUGGCGCCGUUCACCUUCGGCGCCUCCAUCAUCGUCACGGCGGUCGGCAUCGGCGUGGCCACGGCGGGCAGCAUCACCUCGGCUACGGCCAACAUCACGGACGCGGUCCACUCCAAUAUGGACCGCAAGAAGAUAGAGAAGAUGAUCCAGGCCUACCAGGAGAAAAUUAAGGACAUCCGGGAAUGUUUGGAGUUUGUGCAGGCGGGCAUGGACACGCUGCAGGAGUGGGACUUUGAGAAGUACUGCGAGAGCACCACUAAGAAGGCACUGAACCACAACAUCAAGCAUGUGAUGAAGGAGGGCGGCCGGGCCGGUAAAGCCCUCAUGAUCAACACGGACAAGCUCAUCAGCACCGUGCAGGUCUUGGGUGCGGCGGGUGGCGCUGCCAAGGCCGUGCAGGCUGUCAGCGUCACCACGGGGGUGAUGUCGGCGCUCUUCCUGCUGCUCGACGUCUUCUUCCUUGCCAAGGAUUCCCACGAGCUCCACAAAGGUGCCAAAACCAAAUUUGCCACCAAAAUCAGGGAAGUGUGCAAAGAGCUGCAGGCUGGCCUCCUGGAGCUGAACAAGGUCAAGACGCAACUGCAGAAGACCAUGGAUGGCAUCGAGGUGGAGGAGUACGAGGCCAUUGAGGAGGUGGAGGUAGAAGUGGAUGACGACCUAGAGUUGGAUCCCAAUAAGAUGACAGAGCUGGAUCAGGAGUUGGACCUUAUAGAGAAGAAACUGGACAAGAAGAUUGAGGAGGAGAAGAGGAUUAAAGAUGAGGAAACUAGAAGCAUCAGGGAAAAGGGGGAGGAAAAAGAGGAGGAGUCAGGAGAAAAGAAGAAGAAGGAGGGGACCAAGAAGAAGGACAAAGAGGCCGAGAACCGAGUCGCAGCUGGGAAAGAGAAACGGGAAAAAGACGAAACAAGUUUGCGUAAAAAGGCUGUUGAGAAAACAAAAGAGAGCGACGAACCUCCCAGCAAGACCGGAGACUCUAAAAGGAGCAACAAUCCGGAAAAGGAACGCGGCCGCAGAGAAGACGGAGGGAUGACUUGGAAUGCAGCAGGACGAGCAGACAGCGGGAGCACCGGCACGCAGGGGAGCGAGUCUGCCGACCCGGAGCCAGGACCUGCCAAAAACCAGAGCGACUCGAAGGACGGUCGAAAGAAGCCGUUUUGGGAGAAGGGACUCAAAGACUGGAAGAAAGAAAUGACAGGAAGCAGAGACGACACUGGAGCACGCCAAGAGAGAAGCUACUCUUCGGAGCGGGGAGCGGCGGAGCAGCAGGUGGCGACCAGGGAGUCGCUUAGGGAGUCGCAUUGGGAGUCGCAUCGGGAGUCGCUUAGGGAGUCGCUUAGGGAGUCGCUUAGGGAGUCGCUUUGGGGCCACGAAAGCAGCCAGAGGGAGCACGCGGAGGAGAGGACAUCUGACAACCACAAGACUCACCACCAAAGAGCGGAGGAGAGCGCUGAGGAAAGACAAGGAACCCGAAUCGACAGCACCCGCAAGAAGUUUGAGGGAGAGAAGGAGGGGGAGCACAAAGAGAGAGGAGAGAGGAGAGGAAGUGACCGGGAGAGGAGAGGAAGUGACCGAGAGAGGAGAGGAAGUGACCGUGAACAAAGUCGCCGAGAGUCUCGCCAUCUUUCCAGUAAGCAGCUUGAUGAUGGACUCUACAUUUAGGUUUGAAGCCGUUUACACUGUUGAUCCUGUUCUCAUCAGCAUUUAGUUGCAUUUUAGACAAAAAGUCACACACUGAUUAGUAGAGAAGUCACAUUUUGGGAGUUAGUUGAUAAAAGCGUUUUUAUGUGCCUUCGUUGUUUGUCCCAACUCUUGACUUUUUGGGGGGAUACACUUUUUUACUGAAUUCUAAUGUGAACUCACCAGAUGGCAAAUGUUCAGGAGACCACUGGUUUUUAUGUUUUAGUGCAAUAUAUGAUCUCCUGAGCCCUAAAUCCUCAAACACAAAUAAUCUUGUGAGCACAACAAUCCCUCAGAGGCGUUAUUUUACAUUACAACAUUUGUGCUUUUAUACAAAUGUUAAAACAUGCCAGUGUGGGAACUUCAACUGUGCAUCUUGUACUGUGUGUGUGUGUGUGUGUGUGUGUGUGUGUGUGUGUGUGUGUGUGUGUGUGUGUGUGUGUGUGUGUGUGUGUGUGUGUGUGUGUGUGUGUGUGUGUGUGUGUGUGUGUGUGUGUGUGUGUGUGUGUGUGUGUGUGUGUUCUUACUUAUGUCCAAAUUGGGGAUUUUCAUCCGCUCACACACCAGUUGA